GUUGGCAAGAAUGGAAGUUCUACUGUCCAAGUUACGGGUUUGGCGCUGGCCAGUUUCCAAAGGCGGUUCCUGUUGGCACGGCCGUUCAGUACUGGGCCCAAAUUGACCCCGCAAUAUGGGGCGAUAACUUCAACGCUGAUCGUGCCAAAGCUAUUGGAGAUGAACCUGAGUUGACGUCAUCAAACUCUACUCUGACCUCUACCUCAUCUUUCUCUACAUCGUCUUCAUCCGCCCGUCCCACAACGACCGUAAGCCACACAGGAAGUUACGGUUCUGGCUCUUCGAAUGUAGGCGCCAUUGCCGGAGGCGUCAUUGGAGGUGUCGUCGGCCUCGGACUCAUCGCUGCGGUCGUCUAUAUCUUCCUCCAGCGCAAUCGAAGAAUGGGUUCCCAGUCAGACGAGUCGACGCGGGUGGUUCCGGACUCGGAGAAUGGCAAGGCGGGGGGCAAGACCGUAUCUCUGGCGAACAAUAGUCUAGGGAUGACUGCCGGGAAUGGGAGUUAUGUGCAACAGAGUAUUGAAAUUGUAACUCCGAUGAAACUAUACGAUCCGAACGAUCCAUCGACUUUCCCCAAGACGCCUGGACCAGCAGGCGCGUCUGGGCUUUCGCAUUCGGCCACGGUGAAUUAUGGUGCCCACUCUCGCCUGCCUUCUGACGGAAGUAACGGAGGUUAUUCUGGUAUGCCGGAGAUUUGAAGGUCUUGACGUUAGCGGGGAAGUCAGACUGUCCU